AUGAUACUUACGCCUGAAAAACCACUACGAGAACCCCGUCAUGAGCUCGUAGUAUGCAUGGCACCGAUGUAUAUCUAUACCGACUGGGAGAUCCUCCUUGUCGGUAUCGAAACUUGGCUUGCCCUAGGGGCCACAAAAAUUAUCGUACCCAUACAGUCAGCUUCGACCGCGACAUACAAAAUUUUAAAGGAAUACGAAAAAAGAGGUUUGGUAAUAAUUCGCACAUGGCCAAAAUGGCCUAUUCUCUCCGAUACAAAUCCAAAUGGAUUGGUUCUGAGUAGAGGAAUAGAAGAAUCGCAUGUGAAUUGCUUGUUUUUCGCAAAACCAUUUGCAAAUAUGAUAGCUUUCACAGAUGUUGACGACAUGCUUCUACCUAGUGAUCCGCUGAACAUCAGACCCAAUAUCAACGUGGAUAUUCUCAAGGUUAGCCUAAUUUUGCUUUGAAA